GAGGGUCAACCUUAGUGAAGGAAGCCCAGUGGCUGCUCCAUGCACUGCUCCUCCUUUUGACAGCACUGCUCCAGGCUCUUUCGGGCCAGGGCCCAGAAGGAGGGUCUUGAGGCUACCACAUGGUUGCAGCAAUUUUCAAAUUCUAGGCGGCAGAUCAUCACAAUUGGAGAUAAGCUUGGCAGACACUUAGGGUCCUUCUGCUAUUUCAGGACUUAGCUGUGGGAUUUAGGCUGGCCCUGUUAUCUGACCACCAGGAGAGCCCUGUGUUUGCAGGCUGAGACAGAACCAGUCUGUGUUCUGCACCGAGGGUUUGCGUUGCAGCUAGGACAGGUCGUAAGGAGCAUGGCUGGUCAGGGAAGCCUAGCAGGAGGAGUCCUUCGGAGUGAGGGCCUGGGCAGCUCAGAACAAGCAGCAGGGCUUGGUCCUGACCCUGCCUGGUGGGGCUGGGGUGCUGCAGCUUCCUGGGCAACAGAGGAGCUGUCACUGCUUUUCCCAAGGAGCAGGUUGCAGGUCCCAUUUAGUCCUGGGUGUUGGACCUGAAGUGGACUCCCCUGAGGUGAACAGGGCAAGGAGGCAAGCGUGACCUCUUGAGUCGCAGGAGCCUGUGUGGGGACCCCUUGCGAAGUUCUGGCUGUCCUUGCCUUCCUGUUGCAGAAGAUGCACCUCCCCUGGGGCCCACGUCGGGGCUUGGUCACCUGCACAGAUCCAACACGGCCCCCUUGGGCGGCGGCAGGACCUGCAGAGGGUGGGAAGGGGAGACGCUGUGGGUCUCUCUUGGCUGUCACAGCCCUUGCCACCCAACCCACAGGUGUCCCAGACGCAGCUAGAGGUGAGUAUGGCUGAGCAGGAGCCCACAGCCGAGCAGCUGGCACAGAUUGCAGCUGAGAAUGAGGAGGAUGAGCAUUCGGUCAACUACAAGCCCCCGGCCCAGAAGAGCAUCCAGGAGAUCCAGGAGCUGGACAAGGAUGACGAGAGUCUGCGCAAGUACAAGGAGGCCCUACUGGGCCGCGUGGCCGUGUCCGCCGACCCCAACGUCCCCAACGUCGUGGUGACCCGCCUGACUCUGGUGUGUAGCAGUGCCCCGGGCCCCCUGGAGCUGGACCUGACAGGUGAUCUGGAGAGUUUCAAGAAGCAAUCCUUUGUGCUGAAGGAGGGUGUGGAGUACCGGAUAAAAAUCUCUUUCCGGGUGAACCGGGAGAUCGUGUCCGGCAUGAAGUACAUCCAGCACACGUACAGGAAAGGCGUCAAAAUUGACAAGACUGACUACAUGGUAGGGAGCUACGGGCCCCGGGCGGAGGAGUAUGAGUUCCUGACGCCUAUGGAGGAGGCUCCCAAAGGCAUGCUGGCUCGCGGCAGCUACAACAUCAAGUCCCGCUUCACAGACGACGACAGGACAGACCACCUUGGGCAGUGCCUAGAGCCCCCAGACCCACCAGAGAGCCCUCGGCGGAUACAGCCAGCGGCCGAGCCUUACUCGUCCCACCUGGGCCUCCCGGCCUGGAGUCGUGUGCCUGGCCUCCAGGACUUUGCUCUGGCUCUUCCCCUGGUGAAGGAUGACACAAGGUGGCACCUGCUGGACCUGCAUGACGUGUCUCUCAGGUCCCAAGUCUGA